CAAUCGGAGGACCAGAUGGAGGGAGGAGGCGGAUUGGUGAUGGUUGCCAGGAGCCUGUUUGGCGCGACUCUUGGGACCAGAGGGACUUGUCGGUUGUGUCCCAACUCUACGGCAGGGGCCUGGACUUGAAGGCUGGGCUAGGAGCGGGUUCCGCUCCACCCCGCCCCGCCAGCACCUCUGCAGGCUGCCUGGGACCUUGAGGCCCAAUGUCCACCCAACCCUAGCUCCCGUGCCUCCAACCAUCGCGGUCUCAGGCCCUGGGAUCAGCUGCCCCCAAUCCAAACCCUCUUUCACCCCCCAACUCCAUCCCUGCUAGUGCCUGGUUACCAUGGUGAAGCUAGCAGCCAAAUGCAUCCUGGCAGGAGAUCCAGCCGUAGGCAAGACAGCCCUGGUGCAGAUGUUCCGCAGCGACGGGACCCAUUUCCAGAAGAACUACACUCUGACAACAGGUGUGGAUUUGGUGGUGAAGACAGUGCCAGUUCUUGACACAAAUGACAGUGUGGAACUCUUCAUUUUUGACUCUGCCGGCAAGGAGCUGUUCUCUGAAAUGCUGGAUAAAUUGUGGGAAAACCCCAACGUCCUGUGUCUCGUCUACGAUGUGACCAAUGAGCAGUCCUUCAACAGCUGCACCAAGUGGCUGGAGAAGGUGCGGGCCCAGACUCCGGGUACCUUCCUCCCAGGUGUUUUAGUGGGGACUAAGACAGACCUGGCUGGCCGACGAACAGUGGAUACUGCGCAGGCCCAGGCGUGGGCACUGGGUCAAGGCCUGGAAUUCUUUGAAACGUCUGUGAUGGUGUGGUGGUGUGUACCUGUAAUUCUACCGCUCAGGAGACUGAAGUGGGAAGAUAAAGUAUUUAAGGCCAGCAUGGACUACAUAGCAAGACCCUAUCUUAAACUGAUGAUAAUGCCGAUGGUGAUGCUGGUAGUGGUGAUGGUGGUGAUGAUGAUGGUGGUGGUGAUGAUAAUAAUGGUAAUCAUGGUGAUGGUGAUGAUUAUAGUGAUGAUAAUGAUGAUGAUGGUGGUGAUGAUGGUGGUGAUUGUGGUAAUGAUAGUGAUGAUAAUGGUAAUGAUGGUGAUGAUGGUAGUGGUUAUGGUGAUAAUGGUGGUGAUGAUGAUGAUGAUGGUGGUGAUGGUGAUGAUAGAGAUGAUGGUGACGAUGGUGGUAAUGGUAGUAAUGAUAGUGAUGAUGGUGACGGUGGUGGUGAUUGUGAUGGUAGUGGUGAUGAUGAUGGUGCUGGUGGCUAGGGAUGUAACUCAGGAAAGUGCUUAUCUAGUGCAUAGCACUCUGAAUUAGCACUGUUGAACACCCUAUAAUCCCAAAACUCCAGAGGUAGAAUCAGGGAGAUCAGAAAUACAAGGUCAGCCUUAGCUAUAGUGAGUUUGAGGCCAGCCAAAGUUACAGGAGACUUUAUCUCACAAAACAUAUAAAAGUUAUCUGAGAGACAGGAUCCUGUGUUGGAGCCCCUGGUGUUGCAAUGUUAGGUCCAGUUUAAAAAAAAAAAAAAACAACAACAACUCGGGAGACAGGAAAGACAAAAGCAAGCAAGUAAACAACAAACAGGCACCCUCAUUGCAGGUAGUUGGUGGCCAUGGUGUCAGGACAGUGCCCCCCUUCCUUUUUUUUUUUUUUUUUUUUUUUGGAUUUUCGAGACAGGGUUUCUCCGUAGCUUUUGGUUCCUGUCCUGGUACUAGACCAGGCUGGCCUCGAACUCACAGAGAUCUGCCUGCCUCUGCCUCCCGAGUGCUGGGAUUAAAGGUUGCGCUACCACUGCCUGGCUUAGUGCCCUUCCUUCUGAUGGCCCCUCUGACCUCCCCUUGGAGGGCCUGUCACUGUAACCCUGGAGUAGAAGGUCCCUGUUGCAGCCUGGCAUCUCGGGGAGGGGUUUGUGUGUGCUGUGCCUCUCCUGGCUGGGCUGUGCCCUGUUGCCUUUGUAGUCCUCCUCUUCCCACCUGGAGCGGCUCUGGGCAGACUCUCUCCUAGAGCACAUCUGUCUGCUGUUUUGUGUUGGCCUUUGAACUUCUGUCAGAGCUAAGUAAGUGGAUUCACCUUCUUGUCCUCCACACAGAACCUAGUGGCCACAAGGAAGGCUCUACAGAUAGACCUCAGCCUCGACCCUGGCUGCACGGCUCACGUGCCACGCAGCUGUCACUGUGUUCCUUUUAGCUUUGUUUCCCCUUAAAUCUUCACUGUGACAACAGCUGUCCUCGACACCAGGUGUCAGGAGUCCAAAGGGAGAGAUACCUCGAGUAGGGGCCAGCUUCUCCAGACUAAACUCACACCCCUCUCAA